AUGCCCCGCAGCCCCCCUGCUCUGACCCUCCGGCUGAGAGGUCAGCCGGGAGCAGGACAUGCGGUUGGGAUGCCGUGUCCUGGCCUUGCCGUGGGCUUCGCCGUGACUUUGGGCAAGUCUCGGGACCCCUCAGCUGUGGCAGUGGCUGGGCUCUCCGCGGGUGGCUCAGUUGGGCUGUCGUGGGGCUUGUGCCCGAGAGCAGCUGAGCAGAGGGGCUUCAGGGGACAAAGGCUGCGGGCAGAGGAGAGGGAGAAGGGGCAAGAAAAGGGAGAAGAGCCCGUGGAGGCCACAGAUGAUGCCUUUUGGGACCAGUUCUGGGCAGACACAGCCACUUCAGUGCAGGAUGUCUUUGCCCUUGUACCAGCUGCAGAGAUCCGAGCGGUGAGAGAAGAGUCGCCUUCCAACUUGGCAACUUUGUGCUAUAAGGCUGUGGAGAAGCUGGUGCAGGGAGCAGAGAGCGGCUGCCACACGGAGAAGGAGAGACAAAUCGUUUUGAACUGCUGCCGACUCCUCACCCGUAUCCUGCCUUACAUCUUUGAGGACCCAGACUGGAGAGGCUUCUUCUGGUCAACUGUCCCUGGGGCUGGCCGAGGAGGGGGAGAUGAAGAUGAUGAAAAUGCUCGGCCACUGGCUGAGUCAUUGCUCCUUGCUGUCACUGAUCUGCUCUUCUGCCCCGACUUCACUGUGCAGAGCCACCGGAGGAGCACGGUGGACACAGCAGAAGAUAUCCACUCCAUUGACAGCUGUGAGUACAUCUGGGAGGCAGGAGUGGGCUUUGCCCACUCUCCACAGCCUAACUACAUCCAUGACUUGAAUAGGACAGAGCUGCUGAAGCUGCUGCUGACCUGUUUCUCCGAGGCCAUGUACCUGCCUCCCUCCUCAGACAGCAGCAACACCAACCCCUGGGUACAGUUUUUCUGCUCUACGGAAAACAGACAUGCACUCCCACUCUUCACCUCUCUCCUGAACAUUGUCUGUGCCUACGACCCGGUGGGUUACGGGAUUCCCUACAACCACCUGCUCUUCUCUGACUACCGCGAGCCUCUGGUGGAGGAGGCGGCCCAGGUGCUGAUUGUCACUUUGGACUAUGACAGCUCCACCAGUUCAAGUCCCACCGUGGAUGGCACGACCACUGGCACAGCCAUGGAUGAUGUGGAUCCUCCUGGACCAGACAAUCUGUUUGUGAAUUACCUCUCAAGGAUACACCGAGAGGAGGAUUUCCAGUUCAUCCUGAAAGGAGUGGCUCGCUUGUUAUCAAACCCGCUGGUCCAGACCUACCUGCCAAACUCUGCCAAGAAGAUCCAAUUCCAUCAGGAACUCCUCGUCCUCUUCUGGAAACUCUGUGACUUCAACAAGAAAUUCCUAUUCUUUGUGCUGAAGAGUAGCGACGUUCUGGACAUUCUUGUCCCAAUCUUGUACUUUCUCAAUGAUGCCAGAGCAGACCAGUCACGAGUGGGCUUGAUGCACAUUGGGGUCUUUAUCCUGCUGCUUCUCAGUGGGGAGCGUAACUUUGGGGUUCGCCUGAACAAGCCGUAUUCUGUCCGAGUGCCUAUGGAUAUCCCUGUCUUCACAGGGACACAUGCAGAUCUGCUCAUCAUAGUCUUUCACAAGAUCAUCACGAGCGGGCACCAGCGGCUGCAGCCUCUCUUCGACUGCCUGCUCACCAUUGUAGUGAACGUGUCUCCAUACCUGAAGUCUCUCUCCAUGGUGGCUGCUAACAAGUUACUGCAUCUCCUGGAGGCUUUUUCCACCACCUGGUUCCUGUUCUCUGCUGUCCAGAACCACCACCUCGUUUUCUUCUUGCUGGAAGUUUUCAACAACAUCAUUCAGUACCAGUUUGAUGGUAAGAAAGAGGCAUCACACUCCCGGCGGGAUCGAAGGCGUCUCUCUAGUGCAUCCUCCAGUGCACAGUGGACUCCAACUCCUGACUGGGUGAUGUCUUGGAAGUCAAAGCUUCCCCUGCAGACAAUCAUGCGGCUCUUACAGGUGCUGGUCCCUCAGGUGGAGAAGAUCUGCAUUGACAAGGGUCUCACGGAUGAGUCGGAGAUCCUCAAGUUCCUGCAGCACGGCACCCUGGUGGGGCUGCUGCCGGUGCCUCACCCCAUCCUCAUCCGCAAGUACCAGGCCAACUCGGGCACUGCCAUGUGGUUCCGCACCUACAUGUGGGGAGUUAUUUAUUUGAGGAAUGUGGAUCCCCCAAUCUGGUAUGACACAGAUGUGAAGCUGUUUGAAAUUCAACGGGUCUAAGAGAGCACUUACCUCUACUGAGAGAAAUACACUGGAUCUAAGGACUGCGGUGUGCUGCUUCAUCACAGCUAUUCCUGCAUUUCACAUUCAGCUGAGAGACCAAAAGGACAAUCACUUCAUUUACCUCCCUGUCAUUUAAAGCUUUAAUUGGGACUUGCUUGGACAUCCCUCCCCCCAGCUCACUUCUCUUCCCUCACCCUUCACCACGAACCUUGAGUGAAAGAUACCUAAGGGAUUGUCCAUUGUUGUGGUUGCACUAGAAAUCAGACUGUUCUUAGCUCCUCUGUUACUCUUUUGCUUCUGGAUGUGGUUUGGAGACCAAUCUGACCCUGUCCUUGCCCUGGUGAGAGUCAGCAUUUAAUUGAAAAAGACUAGCUGUAUACUGGGUGCAAGGGAGAAGCUGCUAUUCCUGCAGGAGACAGGUUUUGGAAACUGCAGUUACUUUCAUGUGGCUCCACAAAGUUUCCAGGGCAUCCCUUCUUGGCUGCAGGUGUCUCCCUGGUGUCUCAGUUGUAUAUAGGGAAGUCCUUCCCAUCCAAAGGAAAGGAGAUGAUGUUGAAGGAAAACUCUGUGUCUCAGUUCCGAAUCUCUCUACUCCUUUCCUGGAAAGCUGCUUGAAGGGGUUUUCACUGGUGUGACUGAGAAGUUUUUCCUUGGCUUCCAGGCCCAGCAGCCUGUCCUUGAUGGUGGGCUGUUGCAGGGGAGCAUGUCUGGCUUUGGAAAGCCCUCCUUAAUCCAUGUGAGCACACAGGGAGGAAGGGACUGGCUCAGUGAGAGCAAGGAGAGGAGACCUGACUGUUAAACUCUUUAAGUCUUCUCCUGUUGACUGAAAGGACACUGUCACCUGGGUUUGAAAGGAACCAUAUCCUUCCAUCUUUGCCUGGCAGGCUGAUACAAUGCAGGAGCAGAAGGGUCUUUUGCACACUACUGUCUAAGGCAGGGGUUUGAGGGAGGCACUCAGGGAAGUUGUAGGAGGAAUUUGGAAGUUGUAGGAGGAAAAGCAUCUCCAUGUCAGUAGGGAGUGGGGAGUGCUGAGGCAGAGUUGAAUUCUUCAGGGCAUUUUGCUAGUGACCAAGUUAUUGGAUCUUGAAUGUAUUGGGUCCCAAGCAUCCCAAGUGAAGUCUGGGAAGCCAGAAGGAGAAUUGGUGGGAGACCCACUGUUGUUGGAUUGGUUCAGUAAUGUGGGGUUACACAUUGGUGAGUGGAGACAUCCUGGCUUUUGAGUCAAAUUUUAUAUUCUGCUGGGAGGGGAUGCUGUCUUAGACCUGUGUGGUCUUUAGACAGUGAAAAAUGAGAGGUGCUGUCAUGAACUGAGACCUUUCUCACCAAGCAUAGUCCUUGGUGCUCUGGUAUUCAGGCUCUUGGGAGGAUCAUUAGCCAUGAACUGUUUGCCACAGCUUAGAACCAGUGCCAUUACUGCAAGGAAGCAGGUCCCUCAUGUUAAAGUGUGUCACACACUCUGUGACCUUUAAGCCUGGUCUAAGCUUUGAAGCUGGAGUGGUAACAGUGUGACCAUCCUCUCCCAGACUGCCAGCUCCCAAGGGUCUGCAGCCAGGUGGUUUCCUCCCUUGGGCACUGAAAGGGGAUAGAGUUCUAGGCCAGUAGAAAGCUGAAGUAAAACCCAAACGAUUUUCUGAAGGAUAAGAAAUAUGCGACAUAGAGAGAGGUUAUUCCCCCACCUGCCUCCCAUCUCCAACCCACUUUGCCACCCAGCACUACUCCCAUCCUGACCCCACCUCUGUUCAGGUGUAAACAGGGUGAGGUCUCUGUUUUACUUGGAAAAUCUCUCGUCUAUAAGAAUGUGAUUUGGUGGGGCCAGUCUCUGAUUGUAUGGCACUCACACCUCACAGCUGGAAUGGGGCAUCCCGUGUCCCACGUGCUUGCCUCUUCCCUCCCAUGGAUCUGCUGGUUCUCACGAUCUCUUCCAUCCUCUCUUUUCUGCUUUGUUUCUUUGUGAGUUCCUCUGGAAGCCUUUUUGUUUGUUUCUUGGUGUUUGGAGUCUGAUCCUUGUUCUGUGGAAAUCAACUUGCACUGUAAACUCUUUGCUUUACUUAUGGAGAGAAAGAUAAAGAUUAACUGAAACAUG